AUGAAAAAAGCGUCUAAUGAGUUUGAAGCCGAGAGGCAAUUCAUAAGCGUGGAGUAUUUCAGAACUGGCUCCAUUCGAGAUGACAUUGAACUAAUCGACAAUAGCUCUCCCAUUUCCCUUCCCCCCCAUUCGCACUUAACGUUGCGUCGGUGUGGGUGCGCCGUACGCACGCACGGCCGCGAGUGUGCGCGCCGCGGCGGCAUAAAUAGCGCCCCGCGCCGGAAAAGCCAGCAUUGGCCUCCCGUCUCUCGCGGCGGAGGUCGUGUCGCGAGCACGAUCGAAGACUAUUCAGAGCGCCCUCAACAAAGGCCUCCAUAUCGCGAGGCAAAUCUUAGAGAAGAAGAAAUAACACAAAAGAUCUUCCCUCUCUCUCGGGGCGAUUGUGCUCAAGUGAGAUGA